GUGCUGGCUCCUCCCUUCACGGGGCAGCUACUGUUUCUGUCGGAUGUAAUGUCACAUUGAUUGAUUUGCCACAGAGAGGAACAGGAAAAUAGGCAGGCACGGGCUGCCAGCUGAGCCUCAGCGUCACAUCAACAAAUGAGCGGCACGCUGCACCAUAACAAGGGGCUUCUCUUCUGCCCUCCUCCCGAUUCAGGCUCCUUGGAGAUAGAGGAAUGCAAAUCUGCAAUCAUGAUGGAAGGAUUGAAAAAACGCACCAGGAAGGCCUUCGGGAUACGGAAGAAAGAAAAGGACACUGACUCUACGGGGUCACCAGACAGAGAUGGUGGAGAGCCCCAAGAGACUGAAUUGUCACAGAAAAAGACCAACGGGGCUCCAAAUGGCUUCUAUGGGGAGAUUGAUUGGGAGAGAUAUAACACACCCGAGGUAGAUGAAGAAGGAUAUAGCAUCAGGCCAGAUGAGGAAGAGGGAGCAGCCCCCAAAGAAAAGUCUCACUUCUUCUCCUCUAGUGAGUCUGAAGAAGAGGAGGACCACCGCAAAAAGUUUAAGAUCAAAAUCAGACCGCUGCCAGCUGACGCUAACAUUGCAGCUCCCUCGGUAGAUGAAUUAAAAGCCUCCAUAGGCAACAUAGCUCUGUCUCCCUCGCCUCUGAGGAAUAGUCCGAGACGUAGCCCGGGUUUGGCAAAAAGAAAUCCCAGUGAAGAAAUUGCACGACCGAGACGUGUUGUUCCCACGCCUGCACCAGCUCGUGCACCUGCGCCUCCUCCUGAGCCUGCUAGUAAUAAGAAAUCUCCAGUGCCAGAGGAUGCAACAGCCUUAUUCGGCCCUCCACUAGAGACAGCCUUUGAUGAGCAGAAGACCAGCGAAGUGGUGAUAGAGGAACCUGAGGUUUGGGGUGCACCCCUGCCUGAGCAACUCCUUGACUCCUCUCUGGCAAGACCUUUUCCUACAGGAACUCUGCCUCCGCUUCCGCCUAAGAAUGUGCCGACCUCCCCCCCUCCAAUUGACUCUCCUGCUACAGAACCUACCGAUGGGCAGAAAGAAGAGGAAAAUUCAGGGCAGAUUUCGCAGAGGCCCUCUAUAGCUGAUCUAGACAACAUCUUUGGCCCAGAAGACUCUCCAAAACCUGGUCAAGAUGUUGGAGAUAAGUGGAUCUGCUUCAAUGAUGAGUCCCAUCAAAGACCUCCUCCUCUUUUAGAGGGAGAGCCAGCACCUCUUCUCCCCUCAUCUCCACCUCCCCCAGCAGAACCAGCACCCCCAUUACCGAAAUCACCCCCUCCAUCAGAGGAGUCGAAUACUCCUUUACCAAAAUCUCCACCUCCUCCUGCAGAGCCAGCACCUUCUCCUCCUUCAAUUGAGUCACCAAAGGAUAGCCUCCCACCUGUCCUACCUGUUCCGAAAGACACCACUCCUUCUCCUCCAACUGUCCCCCCUCCUCCAGUUGAAGAGGCCCCACCACCGCCAAAACCAGAUGAUCUUUCUCACUCCAAAACAGACUCUGCGCCAUGUGCUCCUCUGAUAGAGACCCAAUCAGACUCAACCAAUAGCCCGCCAACUACUGUAGAGACAAGUGAACGCACAAUCCCUCCACCCUUGGUUCUGAACCAAGAGGACAAAACGAGCCCUGAGGAGACUCCAUCAAAAGAGAACCCAAGUGAGAGCAGCGGUUCACCCAAAGAGAUUGGUCAAGGAUCACGUUCGACACCUCCUCCUCCUCCACCUCCCACAUACAGGGCGGUAGUGUCAUCCCCAGGGCCCAUCGUUCCAGCUGGUACGAGUGGAAAUGAAAGUGGCUCCUCUUCCCCUGCACGUCCCUCUUCACCAUUGGCUACCAGCAGCUCUCCCCCUCCCCCUCCCCCACCUCGGCCACCCUCUCGACCCAAACUGCCACCUGGGAAACCAAGUGCAGGGGACGUGAAUCGGCCGUUCAGCCCCCCUGUACACUCGUCAAGCCCCCCUCCUCUGGCUCCGUUGGCCCGUGCAGAAAGCACCUCUUCAAUCUCCUCCACCAACUCUCUGAGUGCCGCCACCACUCCCACCGUCGGUAAAGAGCUCUUCGUGUCUGUGUCAGAAGAUGACGCAUUUGUAGACAAACUUCCCAGCUUUGAGAGACGGGCAGAUAUGCCAGCAGAGACAGACCAGCCCUCCCUCGUGUGGUUUGACAGAGGCAAGUUUUAUUUAACCUUUGAAGGCUGUUCUCGUGGGCCCAGUCCCCUCACCAUGGGGGCCCAGGACACACUGCCUGUUGCUGCAGCUUUCACAGAGACAGUCAGUGCCUACUUCAAAGGAACAGACCCCAAUAAGUGUGUGGUGAAGAUCACCGGAGAGAUGGUGUUGUCCUUCCCAGCAGGCAUCACACGGCAUUUUGCAAAUAACCCCUCGCCUGCGGUACUAACCUUCAGCAUAACCAACUACAGUCGUCUGGAACACGUCCUACCUAACCCUCAGUUACUGUGCUGUGACACCACGCAGCCCAAUCCCAACUCAAAGGAGUUCUGGGUGAAUAUGCCAAACCUAAUGACCCAUUUAAAGAAGGUGGCGGAACAGAAACCACAAGCAACUUACUACAAUGUAGACAUGCUGAAAUAUCAGGUGUUACCGAAGGGUCUACAGUCCACUCCUCUAAAUCUAGCAGUGAGCUGGAGGUGUGAGCCCACCAGUACUGAUCUGAGGAUAGACUACAAGUACAACGCUGCUGCCAUGACCACUCCGGUCGCCCUCAACAAUGUUCAGUUCCUCACCCCUGUGGACGGAGGUGUCAGCAAACUGCAGGCUGUGCUUCCUCCAGCCGCCUGGAAUGCAGAGCAGCAGAGAAUCUUAUGGAAGAUUCCAGAUAUUUCGCAGAAGUCUGAGAAUGGAGGUGUGGGGUCUCUGCUGGCCCGUUUCCAGUUAACAGAGGGUCCCAGUAAAGUGGCCCCGGUGGCAGUGCAGUUCACCAGUGAGGGCAGCACUCUGUCAGGCUGUGACAUUGAGCUGGUUGGCCUCGGAUAUCGUUUCUCCCUCGUCAAGAAGAGGUUUGCAGCAGGAAAAUACAUGGCAGACAACUAAACAACACCUUGCGAGUCUGCAUAUUUUGGACCAAUUCUGAAUAUUUCAAACACAGGACAUGACCCCUGCCUGACCUUAUGGAUCGUACAGGUGGACCUCACACACACUCCAGCAGUAUUGUAUGAGUUGCAUUAUAAAAUGUGGACCGUUUUAGGGUGUACUUCUUAUGUUUGUGAACUGUAUUCAAUUUGAAACAUCUGUAUUAUGGCCCGGGUUUGUUCGUAAGGUUUAGCCUCUAUUUUUGUCCGCCCGUCCUAUUGGCUGUGCCUACCUGGACCUGAAAAUCUCUGUAUCAUGAGACAUGUGAUGUUUUAUUACUCUAUGCAUUCAGUUUGUCAAAAGUAUCACAUUUUCGAACAAGGUAGCAAAGUAGUACGGUCUAAAAGAGGAAUGAGCCUCUGCCACAAGAUGGCGCUAUACUGUUGCAUGUAGUAUGAGGUCUGCAUCGGAUUUUGGUGUUGCUCAAGCUUGUUUAAAAAAAGCGUAUUCAGGAAUAUCUCACUUUAAUUUACACAGUGCAGUCAGGUUCAUUAAUUUGACCGCGAUAGAAAUUAUAUUUUGUCAAAUCGCUUUUUAGAAAGCCACAGCUUGAAAAAUAGACUCCUGCUUGCAAUAGACUCACAAAAAUUGAUAAAAUAUAUCUUAAAGGCCGUUUGGUGUUUUCUUCUAUUGUUAUAUAGCCUUUCUGUUGUUCCCGAAGGAAUAGUGUUAGACAUCAGAUUACAUCAUUCUAUUUUUUAUUUAUUCAGGAUUUAUUGUAUAUAUAUAUAUAAAAAAAAAAAUGAAACAACGUACACUGUAUAUGAAUAGACUUUGAAUGGUAUCAUAAUUUGGACUUUUUGUUAUCUGUGUAGUUGGGUAAGCUGUGUACAGUAUAAUGCUGAAGUAUAAUUUUUACAUUUAUUUCAGAUAUAAUUUUUUUAACUCGAGCGCAACAGAAAAUGUAUGCUAUAUAUGGGUCGGGGGUGACAUUUAAAUGAUAAAACAAAACGGGAUACUGGAUCUACCUACAAUAGAUGCGUCACGUAAUGUUAUUACAGUGUUAUGUAUAGCAGCACUAUUAGUUCAACAUGGAUUGUUAGCUUUCGGACAUUUUCAAUUAUUUUAUCAUAAACGCAGAUGUGUUUGUAUCCAGCCUCCCCCCGCAGCACAUAUUAUUGAGUGUCCUGAGCAUGAGCCCCUGCGCUUCACAACAUCUUUAUUUCGCAAAUGGUAACGGUCUCUGUGAGAUGACGAGGUUCUUGAGUGGUUAAAUGACCAAAUCGCCUUCUUCUCUUCUUUUCGUUUGUACGUGUAUCUCCAGAAUUGUCCUUUAAGAGAAAAUAAGCUGCAUAUUUUUUAAAUGUUUAAACCUAUGAAUAAAGUGAAAAAUAUUGUUUCUUGUGGAAAAAAAAAAUAAAAUGAGAAGAAAAAAAAAAAACACUGUUACUGUUUAACUUCCCAGAUGUUCAAUGUCAAGAACAAACGUUUUGGUUCCAUCUUUGAGUGUCUGAUGUAGACGUCGUGAUGGUUUGGAGAAGAAUAUACUGGUGCUUUGUGAUUCGUAGGUUUCCAUCCACAUUUACCAUUAUGGAUGAUUAUGGAUUAUGCCUUGCGUAUUUUCUGAGCGCUGUAACUAAAGUUUUUUUCAAUGCACUGAGUUAAAUCGAAGAACAAUUUGAAGUAUGGCGGCUGAAGGGGAAAAAAAACCUAUGAAUUGAAUUCUGUGUAUAAUCAGUAUGUCUACAUGGACUAAAGUGAAACGUCACUCAGAUGCGCAAGAGAAAUGAGAAAACACACAUCAGUUUAGAUGUAAGUGGAGCUGUGUGUGAAUGUUGAAUUGCAUUAGUGUGUGUGCAAGAGGGAGAGUUUGUGCGUGUGCUUGUACGAAUGUGUGUGUGUGUGUGUGCUAUCUGGUAACUGUAAAUCAUCUCUUCCCAACAACAUGUGCAAGCUGUGUUUGUACAAAAAAAUCUGAACAAAGAUCUGAGAUACUGAGAUUACUUUGCUCUUUCCAAAACAAUAAAACAUGUAAGCCUGA